GGGCCGGCGCGCGCGGGAAGUGCUUGCGGGCGGGCGGUCGGCGGCAACGCGUUAUGGCCCUGUUGGUACCCGGCUACUCGCCCAGUUUCAAAAAGCCGCCCGAGCUAUUGCGGCUCCGACGGAAAAGGACCCGGAACCAUGGGGCCGCUGUCUCCUCGCCUCCUGAGCUGCCCGAACCGGCGCCUCGCCGCGCUGCCUUGGCGGCCGGGCUGCCCCUCCGCCCCUUCCCGGUCGCGGUAGGCAGAGGCGGCGCCGGGGGCCCUGCCACUGCCCGAAGGAACCCUUUCGCUCGCUUGGACAACCGGCCGUGGGCUGCCGCGGAGCCCCCCGACGGGCCGCCUGGCGGCCAGCAGGAGGCGCUGGGCCCGUUUUUAGAUUCUCAUCAAGAAAAUGAUUUGCUAUGGGAAGAGACAUUGCCUGAAAGACAAACUGUUACUCAGUUACCCCAGACUCCCCACAUAGUAUUCUCCGAUUCUGAUAUUCCAUCCUCAGAAAAUACUGAGUUACCUGUGGACUGGAGUAUUAAAACUCGGCUCCUUUUCACCUCUUCUCAACCCUUUACCUGGGCAGAGCAUUUGAAAGCACAGGAAGAGGCCCAAGGUCUCAUCCAACAUUGUAGGGCAACUGAAGUUACUUUGCCUCAAAGUAUACAGGAUCCCAAACUCUCCACUGAACUCCGGUGUGCCUUCCAACAGAGCCUUAUUUAUUGGCUCCACCCUGCCUUCCCUUGGCUACCACUGUUCCCUCGUAUUGGAGCUGAUAGGAAAAUGACUGGAAAGACAAGCCCAUGGUCAAAUGAUGAAACCCUACAACAAAUUUUAAUGAGUGACUGGUCUGUGAGCUUUACUUCUCUCUAUAAUCUGCUGAAGACAAAACUUUGCCCCUAUUUCUACGUUUGUACCUAUCAGUUUACUAUCCUAUUCCGAGCAGCAGGAUUAGCAGGAAGUGAUGUGAUCACAGCUCUCAUAUCUCCUACAACUCGAGGUUUAAGAGAAGCUAUGAAAAAUGAAGGUAUUGAAUUUUCUCUGCCUUUAAUAAAAGAAGGUGGCCGUAAGAAGAGAGCAUCUGGAACAAGCUUGGAAUAUGGGGAGGAGCAAGCAAUCAGUGAUGAAGAUGAAGAGGAAAGUUUUUCCUGGCUGGAAGAGAUGGGUGUGCAAGAUAAAAUUAAAAAACCAGACACACUCUCUAUCAAGCUACGGAAAGAGAAACAUGAAGUACAAAUGGAUCAUAGACCUGAGUCUGUUGUGUUGGUGAAAGGAAUCAACACCUUCACGUUGCUCAAUUUUUUGAUGAAUUGUAAGAGUUUAGUUGCUACCUCAGGUCCACAGGCAGGACUUCCACCAACCAUCUUAGCCCCUGUGGCUUUCCGAGGUGCCACAAUGCAAAUGCUUAAGGCACGAAGUGUAAAUGUGAAGACACAAGCUCUUUCUGGAUAUAAAGCUCAGUUUAGUUUGGAAAUCACAGGUCCUGUCAUGCCCCAUUCUCUACAUUCUGUAACCAUGCUACUGAGAUCUUCACAGAGUGGGGCUUUCUGUGUCGGACUGUAUCCACAUGAACCAACUGCUGUAUUUAAUAUUUGCCUACCAAAGGACAAAGUACCAGAUAAGGAGGCUGUACAUAAGGAGCUUGCUAACUGUGGUUUGCACCAUAAGACUCUGGAGCAACUUAGUCAAAUACCAUCACUGGGGAAGUCAUCUUUACGGAAUGUUGAAAUGAGAGACUACGUUUAUAAUUGGACAUCCUGAACACCAAAGUAAGCCUAAAAGGAAUCUUUGAGGAAAAAAGCCUUCUAGCAAGGAAAUUCAAGAUUUUUGAAGUUAAAGGAAGGAAUAUACUUUAAAAUAUUGACAUGUUUAUAAACAUUUAACUUUUUCCAUUAACUUUUAUUACAUGCACUGAAUAGUAGCAUCAAGGUUUUAAAUCAUUUUCUGCUUUUACUAUUUUCAGAUUAGAUUUUAAGCUAUGACAAUAACUCACUUUAAAAAAAAAAAAAACCCUCAAGUAACGUGGAUAAGAAAUCCGUAUCCCUACAACCUAAUUGUAAACCAAGUAGAAAACUGAAUGUGUUAUGGGAAAUUGAAAUUAAACCUGUAGCAAUUAUCUCAUGGCAUUGUAACAGCAUCAGAGCAACAUUAUGUUACAUUAAUAUUUACCCAAUAUUAUUAGCAAGUUGUUUUACAAAGGUAGAAAAUAAAUAUAGACACUAUCUACUGAGCUGACUGUUGAUGCUUCUACCCUAGCAUCUUUCCUACUGAUUUAUGAUUCUUCUAUUCAAGUAUACUUAAAUGUCUUUUUUAAUGCAGUUAAGGGUAUUUUAUAUUCUACAUAGAAUAGUGUUAGGGAAGUUAUAAAGUUCUGCUUAACUAUUACAGUAAAGUAAUGUGCUUGUGAGUGCAUGCGUGCGUGUGUAUAAACCUCAGUAUUUUUUUAAAUAAAAGUACUUAGAAAUCAAAAGUACUGGGUAAAGAUAUGAUAGUACUUAAGUAUGUGUUUACUUUAUGAUUCAGAAAAUAAAACAACGCAUUUAUUCCAGAGAAGUUUGUAUUUGGGCCUUAAACUUUUGAAAAUAAAGCUUAGAGACAUAGCAUAUGAAUACCACUGUAAUACACAUGAAAUAUUCUAUAAGACCCUAAAAAUUAACAUAAAUUUUCUCAUAGUCAACAAAAUAGUGGCUGGUUGCCAAUUUUAUUAGAUAAGUUGGUUACAGCAUUUUAAUUAUCAUUUUACGUCUAUCUAGGUGUAGCUGAAAUUCAAAAUGCACAUCAAAGUAAAACUAUAUCACAACUCAAUGCCAUACUAAAUGUACUUGGCUUCUGCAGUAGAAUUCUAGUCAGACUUCAUUUUGACUCCCUUUGACCCAAGUGGCUUUAACAGGAAUGCAGGACUGACUGCUGAUCAUCACACAACAUACCACUUUCUUUUUAUAACCUCUACAAUAUUUUAAGGGAAAAUGGUGGCAUUAGCCCUGUGGAACAGAUCUUGCUUGAUUACUUCAAUAACACUGGCCCAGUAUCUGUCCAGCAGAACCCAUUGUGAAAUAGUACAAGGUGCACAGCCCUUCUCUGAUUACAGGCAAGUGUUACAGCAGCCUAGCCAUAAGGAAGGGAAGUUACAUCAUAGUACAAAAUACAGUAUAAAAGCGUUAUUCAACAUUCCACACUGAAGAUUACUGAUGCCUUCAAACAAUCGUUUGGAUGUUAGCCACUUAAACAAAUACAUCACUAAGGUAAACAAUAUAAACAUACCAAAACCCUGUAUGGUUAAAUACAAUUUCCAUGGUACAAAAAUCAAAGCCUGGAGAUGUUUGUACAGAUUGCUUUUUUACACAAUGUCUUAAAUUGCCAAAUAUUUA